AUGUCUUCGUCGCAUCCCCGCCAAUCGAGCGUAGAUCUCGAUUCCCCGGGUCGUCCAUUCGACAACAUUAUCAACUUCCGGGAUGUUGGGCGUACGAUUAACCAGUUGAUCGGGAAGAGAGUGCUGAAAGAGGGUAUUAUCUUUCGAAGUGCAAGGUUAGACGAUGCCUCCGAGCGCGACAAACGCCGUCUCGUAGACGAAUUCCAUAUCUCAACCGUCGUGGAUCUGAGAUCGAGGUACUAUUUAUCCCAGCUUAACUCCCUCCUCUUUGCUACCAAUAAGCGCUUAGCUGAACUUGCUGCUGCUGCUUCAUCAACAGAGUCAUCAUCAACAUCAGAGUCCCCAGAAACACAAACAUCAACACCACCACCACCAGAACCGACAGCAACGGCAUCAGCCACACCAACAGACAUCCACCUCCCCGAUCUCCCAACUGUCACUCGGUUCCCUGUCAGCUUAACAGGGAAAGCAUUCGAGCGGACGCUUCUCUGGCGUCUGGAUUGGUGGAAUUUCUUUAAAGUACUAGCACUGGUAGCAUCAGGCUACCGCUCCACCGCCGUCCAAAUAGUCGGACAGCAAGUCAUGUCCCCGCGGGGACUGGUCGGACUAGGCAUCGAUACUUUGGAUAGUAGUUACGGGGAGAUGAAGACGUUGUUCGAUUUAUUCUCUUCCAUCACCUCCUCCACCACUGAUGGCAACGAUAAAGAAAGCGAUGGAUUUGAGGAUAGUGCCUAUCCAGUCCUAAUCCACUGCACGCAAGGCAAAGACCGCACGGGUCUCAUCGUUCUCCUUUUGCUUCUGCUCGUGGCAGAUGUGGUGCCUGAGGAGGCGAUGAGGGAGGAUUAUCUCCGUUCCGAAGGCGAGCUGGCCAUUGAGAUGGAGGAGCGCAUGAAGGAGGUAGAUUUGAUUUCUUUAGAUCUAGAUGAUGUCUUAUUCGAUGAUAUAAUGUAA